AAAUCCAAAAAUCGACCGUCUCUAAUCAAAGAAUGGUGCGUCAGUGGACCUUCGUAAAACGUUAGAGUCGAUUUGAGCCAUUCGUUAAGUGCCAGUGUGCUCUGCCUAAAGAAAGUGUCAGGUCAUCCUUUUCAAUUGGAUGAUGACUGAUGGUCUAUUCUCAUUUUUUCCCUUGCUUACGGUAUCAAAUUCCAGAUUCGAUUCUCUUCCCUCUGCCACAACACAAGCUCAUUUCUCUCGCCUCAACAUCGAUCGGCAUACUAGCAGUUUUCUUUCCACAAGCUAUUCACAAACCUUGGCACCAUGUCCGACCGUAGCGGUUCAUGCCCUGAAGCUCACCCAGGAGAUGAAGAGGAGAGGAUCGUACACAAGUCGCGUAACCAGGGAAUGGCGACGGAGGAAGAAAAGGCGUUCUUGAAUAUUCAGGAGUUGAAUGAGGUCCCUCAGUCAUUGAAUCGGUAUUCGCUGAGAGCUUCGGUCUUUCAUUUUGGUCAAGCAGCAAUCCUCUUCUAUUUUGCUUCCAAGUCGGACACCAAAUGGCGCUGGUUUACCAACUAUGCAGAGCCCGAGGAUGAUGCCCUGAGCCAGCCACCAAAGAAUCCUGAUCCGCAGGAAGUUGCCUACUUCUCCAUUCUGUGGUAUUCACCCAUCUUCAUCAGCAUGGCUGGGAUGGAACACAUGUGUUGCCUUGUCUUCAGUGACAGGUAUCACUACUAUGUUGCCAGGAAUCAAAACCCCUUUCGUUGGACAGAAUAUACCUUUUCAGCCUCCUUGAUGAGAGUCAUGGUUGCUCAAUUCGCCGGGAUCACGGAUGUUCACCUCCUUUUGGUUACCUUUGUUCUGUCAGCACUUACCAUGCAGUUGGGGGCUGCCCAUGAAGUCUUCAAUGCCAAGGCACGUUCUGAAGACCGUCAACAAAACUGGAGGUGCUACCACUUGGCUUGGGUAUCCCAAGGAGUCAGCUGGAUGAUCAUCUUCAACUAUUUUGCCAUGAGGGUCCGCAGCGGCUCCCAGCCUGAUUUCAUUUGGACGAUCAUGAUUGUCAUGUUCCUGCUUGACAGUUCCUUUGCAUUGGUGUUUCACCUGCAGUGGGCCAAAGUCCCUCCCUUCCAUGAUUAUGCUGCGGGGGAGAGAGCCUUUAUUGUGCUCAGUUUUUUUGCCAAGACACUGCUCGCCUGGAUUGGCUUUGGGGGUGUCUACCGACGAUAUUAGCGAGUUUGUAGGCCUACGGCAACAACUUUCGACCACAGUCAGCAAGCAAGCUGGCCAGUAUGAAACAAGGGAGUGAGCUUGUUUGAAAGCAUCGGUACCAAGGGCAGGAGCAGGGGGAAAGCAAGAGACAUUGACAAAGCAUACAACGAUCCCUACUUGAAAUCAACAAUACACUGUCAUCGAUGGCUCAUUCCUCUGUUUGUAGGGGGGAUAGUGCAUGAUGUAAACGAAUACAAAUAGGAUUCAUAGCCUUGAAACAGGCACAACCUUUUGAAUGCGCUGCUGAUGCAAAUCUGGCUGGCUACAUGUUCUUGUAGGUAGCUACCGGUAGCCUGGACUUGUCAGUCAGUACAACAAGUUGCUAGCUAGCUAGUAUUUAGAGAGCUGAAGAUCAACCCUGUAGCUGUGCUCUUGUGCUCCUCUCCUUGUUGCCUCUCUCCUUCCAUCGUUGCGGAACUAACAUUGAUAGGUUAUGAGCGCUUUCUAUUCUCAUUGCCAGCUGUUGCCCUCCAAG